AUGGACAGUCUCGAACAUGAAUUCGAGCAUCCUAAGAAACGCCGGCGGCGUGAAGUUGAACGGAAACCGCUAAGCGUUCGACUGGCAUUUGACGACACAGUCAAGACCCAUGCUGCCCUGAUAUCCCAGGGACUUUGGUCGAAAUUGACGGGCGGUACUAAUGAUGCACAUAACUCGACGAACAACCUGUUCAUUGCCCUCACUCCUUCGUCCCCUCUCCAUACCGAGCUGCAAGAUUCUACAUGGACUAUUCUCCCAGUAAAACUCCGCGAGCCACAAUCUUCGACAGACGGCUUGGAACAGGCCGACAUCAUCAAGCUUUCCCCAAACUCCUCUGCGUGUCAAUCGAUCCUCAAGACCUACGCGACAAUCGACCGAGAUCGACAUCCGGGGCAUGUUCCCAAGUCAAUCGAGAUUCGGACAAUCACCACGAGACCUCUUACACUAGAAACCAUCUAUGUUUCCGUUGAGAAGGGCAUGCUUGAGAAAAUCGAUGACAUCCAGGCCAAGUUUGGUGGAGGUUUUCAAUAUGGAAGGCAUGUGAAGGUUGACAGGAAGUCCUCGACGCCCAAUGGUGUGUUGCAGAAUGUGCCUCCAAUUACCGGUCGACUAGCAUCGCUUGUCCGAGAUGCGCUUUCUCAAUUACCUGUGGUUCAUUCUGGAGAUGUCUUUCCUCUACCACUGCCGGCCCAUCCCAUCACUCAUGUUCGACCACCUCCCGCCAUUGUGGUCGAAUGUGAGCCGGUGUCUCAAGGAAAGAUCUCUGCAAAGACCAAGAUCGUUCUGAUUCAGACAGGUUCGUCACAAGAGAAGGCUCUUUCGAAAUUGGCACCCGUUCAACCGAUAAUCGAAGAGUCGCUGGAAGAUACCGCCGAGGACACCUCGAAUGAUCAGUUUUAUUCGGCGGCCGAGGAUAGACAGACGGAAACAGGAUCAGACGACGACGAUGACUUGUCUGACGAAGAAUCGGGUACUGACUCAGCCCAUGAGGAAAGCGACGAAGAUUCCGACUCGAUGGACGAUAUGAUUUCGCUUAGCGCACCUGGGCUGCCACCACAACAGGCUGGAACGUUAUCGGCCAUGACUGCAGCAACUCCAAGACCUGGUGGGAAAAGAGCUACAGGCACGCAUACCCCCGGCUCCCUCUACUCGAGCUUCACGUCUGUGACGGCAAGGGGUGGCAGCCGCCCGGGCAAGGUGUUCCGCACCGAGGCCCUCCUUCGCAAAGUUCCGAUAGAGCUGAUGCACCCUCAGCCCAGUCUCGAGGAUGAUGAGGAGUCAUUUGUCUUUAUUGACACCAGCACGCUUGCCAAAAUUGGGUGUUUUUCCGGCGAUUGGGUUCGAAUAGAGGUCGCCAGAAAUGUGAGCGCUCAAGGGUUCCCGCACUCGGCCCUUCGAGGUCUCGGUGGAUUUGUAGAAGAAGAGUCUGACUGGCGAACGGUCAAGGUGUUUGGUCUUUCGGGGCUGGCAAAUUUGCAGCCACGUUACGCUGUUGACAAGACCGGUGAUCGGAGGUCGAGCUUUUCGCAGAGGGACCUCCUGUUGCCGUUCUCACCAGUGGUCUAUCUUUCUCCCGUCCUUUUGGCCAAUCUCGCGAAUGCACAGUACGUCAAGCUCGGAGCUUUGCCUACACCUCCCCGGCACGAUCUCAAAUCAAUCCAUCCACCACGGUCCAGUACGUUCAAAUCCCCGCCAAUUGCGAAGGAGGUCGUUCUGUCGAAGAUCGCCGACCCGACGACGACGAAUCCCGCUUUCCAGCCCACUUUAUUCUCAUCCCUGCAAUAUCACCUCCAAAGCAAAAAGCGCGUUCUAAAGAAAGGUGAUCUCAUUGCGGUGCCGAUAGACCAGGAGUUGGCGAAGGCUCUCACGUCUCAAGCAGGUUCAGAUGAGACGCCGAGUGAAGAUGAGACCAUCAAACGACUCAACACUCCCGAGACCGUGGGCAACUCGCGAUUUGCCAUUGCAUGGUUUUCUGUGCAACAAAUCCACACUGAACAGGCGGGCACUCAAACCGAAGAGGAGCAAGGCAUAUGGGGCGGAGCUGUGACCCUUGACAGUCUACAAACAAGGGCCUCCCAAAGUGGCACAACCAUCCAAUCAGUCUCACACCUCACAGAGAUCUGGACCCGUUACUGGAUUGGCAUCAGUAAACUGCCACAGCAGAACGUACACCGAGUCGACCACGUUCCUACGGCAACAGAUAUACCGUCCCUGGACAAACUUCCAUUAGAGACACGUUUGUCUGGGUUGAUCUCCGCUGCGGUCAGCAACCGUGCUAUCAGUCUGGGGCUUCCACCCCUUGUCAUAUUGUUAUACUCUACCCAACGACAAAUCGGCAAAUCGUACAUUGCGGAAUCUGCGUGCUCAGCUAUCGGCGUACACGUCUUUCCCAUUUCCGCACACGAUCUGUUGUCUGAGAAUGCCUCUACCACAGGAGGUGGUGAUACCAAGACCGAAGCAUUGCUACGUACCAGAGCUGAACGGGCACUCACAGGGGGUGCUCAACAGACAGCCUUGCUCAUCCAGCACAUUGAUGCUCUGACUGCGGAUAGAAUGGUGCCUGUGUUACAGGAGAUCAUUUCAGAGUCUCGUGUGCUAAUCGCGACCACCUCCAAAAUCGAUGACAUUCCUGCCGGAAUCCGCAGUCUAUUCUCUCAUGAACUGGAGGUAACAGCACCAGAUGAAAAAGCCAGAGAACUCAUCCUUCGCAACGCGUGCGUUUCUCUCUCAACACCGCUGUCGCCCACUGUCAAUCUGAAAUCAAUUGCUCUUCAGACCGCGGCGUUGGUGGCUGGUGACCUGCUCGAUGUCGUGAAUCGAGCUUUGCUUGCACGGUCGACUCGUCUGUUGUCACUGGCAGAGUCCCAAAGCUGUGAUAUUUCCGACAUUUCCAUCUCUGGAGGCCAAACAGCCACGCAUCUACUCCCUAGUGACUUCACUCGCGCCAUUGCCGCUGCACGAUCGAGUUUCUCGGAUGCCAUCGGAGCUCCCAAGAUCCCAACCGUCACGUGGCAAGAUGUCGGAGGGCUCUCGUCGCAGAAGGACGCCAUUAUGGAAACAAUUUCUUUGCCUCUCACCCAUCCCGAACUAUUUGCCAAUGGCAUCCGAAAGCGGUCAGGUAUCUUGUUUUACGGACCUCCAGGAACCGGGAAGACUUUGCUGGCAAAGGCAAUUGCUACCGAGUUCAGUCUCAACUUCUUCAGCGUCAAAGGCCCUGAGUUGCUGAAUAUGUAUAUUGGUGAAUCGGAAGCUAAUGUCCGCCGGGUUUUCCAACGUGCUAGGGAUGCUCGUCCGUGUGUGGUCUUUUUCGAUGAGCUGGAUUCGGUGGCACCAAAACGUGGAAACCAAGGUGACAGCGGUGGUGUUAUGGAUCGGAUUGUAUCCCAGCUCCUUGCCGAGCUCGAUGGAAUGUCAAGUGGCGGCGGAGGGGAUGAAGACGGGGACUCUAAAUCAACGUCAAACGGCGGCGGUGUCUUUGUUAUCGGCGCAACGAACAGACCAGACCUUCUCGACCCAGCACUUCUCCGACCGGGCCGGUUCGACAAGAUGCUAUAUCUCGGUGUGGCCGACUCGCACGACCAGCAGGUUACGAUAUUGAAAGCGCUAACAAGAAACUUUACCCUGGCUCCAGAUGUCGACCUCUUGAGCGUCGCACGCCGGUUGCCUUUCACCUAUACCGGUGCGGACCUCUAUGCAUUGUGCAGUGAUGCCAUGCUCAAGGCGAUUACGCGGAAGACGCGAUCCGUGGACGAGAAGGUGCAACAGAUCAGUAAGGCCCGUGGUGAAGACAUCAGCACCGGGUACUUCUUCGAUCAUUUGGCCACUGAGGAGGAUGUACAGGUCGUUGUAGGCGAAGAAGAUUUCAUGGCAGCUCAGAACGAGUUGGUGGGUAGUGUGAGCAAGAAAGAACUGGAACAUUUUGAGAGGAUCCGCAAGCUGUUCGAGGAACAAGACAUCACUGUGACACCGUCCACCAACGGCGAGAAGGGCCGUGAUCCUUCGACUUUGCCUCUACGUUCCCCACCAGCGCCACAGCCGACUCCUCAAGCAAGACCGGAACCUCUUGCAAAGGACCAAACUCGAGCCCCUCCGCUGCAGCUCAAGGACAAGGGCAAGGGCAAACAGAAGGAGGUCAACACGUUGAACUCGAAUCACACGCCACCGCUGAUUUCUCCGACCCAUCUCUUACAAUCUAACAAGACUGUACCACGGAUCGGCAAUCCCGACUCUGGCAACUCGUCCGACGCAGACAAUUCUGACUUUGGGUUCAGCAUGAGACCGACCCAUAUGAACGGAAGUGCGACGAUGAAUGGAACAGGGACAUCUGUCGAAAACAAGGGCAAAGGCAAAAUGAGGGAGUUGGCUCCAGAAGCAUUGACAGAUGGAUUUGUGGAUGGUGUUGAGGGGGACGACGAAGGGCUAUACGAUGAUUGA